CACAAUGCUUUUCUCAUUGUUGUUAAUCUGCUUUCUCUCCACAGCUCAGCUUCAAACUGUGGCUGACAAUGAAAUUAUUUCACAUUUAAGGCAAACAGAAUCACAGGCAGCAGAUACAGGAAAUCUCUCAGACAACCAACAAACCUGUUCACAGGACAUCAAUGCAGUGCUGAGAGAGAUGAGCUCCUCAUUGGCUGGACUGAAGGUUGGUAUGGAGUAUCUACAGAGAGAUAAUGAAGCCAAGACAAACGAACUGGACUUGUUAAAACAACAAUACCAAGAGCAAGUGACAAAAGUAAGACGUCUUGAGCAGCAGAACCAAGCUCAGAUAGGAGAACUGAUCAGUGUUAAAACCAGGACAAACAACACUGAAAACCAAGUGGAGGUUCUGAAGAGAGAAAGAGAAGUGAAACAAGUGGCUUUCUCAGCUUCCUUGAUGGCAUCAGGUUCAGGACAUAUUGGACCAUUUAACACACAUACACCUCUAGUCUUCAGACAUGUUGUUGCAAAUAUUGGAAAUGCCUACAACCCAAACACAGGUUUUUUCAUUGCCCCGGUGAGAGGAGCCUAUCACUUUGAGUUUCACUUAUAUGGAGUUGGACAUGCAUCAUAUCCAACAGCUGCUGUGUUGGUCAGGAAUGGGAACAAUAUUGUCAUCGCAUAUGAACAUCAGGCUUCCUACUAUGUUAACCCAUCUAAUGGUGCCACAUUGCUGUUAGAAACUGGAGAUGUUGUGUUUUUGCGUCAGUGGCAAAACUCAAGGAUUUAUGACAGUGAAAAUCAUCCCACAACCUUCAGUGGUCACUUGCUUUUCACUAUGUGAGCAGAAAACAGUCCUAAUGUAUUUCUGCCGCAAGAGUGCAUCAGAAGAAGUACAUGAUUUUUUAUAAUUGCAUUAAAUAAUUUUUAUUGUUUCAUUUUGUCUUAAAUUUCCACAAUAAUUUACCAGCCACAAUGGUUCUAAGGCUUCUCUUUCAAUUUUUCUAUUUUUAAUAGAUUACACACAAAAUGCAACUUAGAACUUCAAUUUAGUUUUGUUGAAACAUUUAUUGUAAUGCACAGUUUGUUUCAGAUCAAAAUUGUUCACUUUUAAAUGGACUAAACCUGAAUCUGUGUAUGGUUCUAUCCGUGUAUGGUUUGUUCUUUACGAAAAAACCAAAGAACGAACCAUACACGGGUUAACCUGAAGGUGUUAUUUGUAGUAUUUAAUAAAAUUUGUUUUUGAAAAUUAAAAAUAUGUCCAUAUGUCUUUUGAGUGACCACAGAAAUAGAAAAUCAUUGAACCAGGAACAAUUGUUUUUUCCAAUUUGUGUGUGUUAUUAAUGUGUAAAAUAUUUCAAAUAAAGUUUUUAAAGUUAUGCUAAUUAAGUUCAUGGUUUAA